GGAGUACCAGCUUCUUCCGCCACAAGAUCAUGAUCUUCUAACUUAUUGUUCUCUGUACUUAUUCUGUACAAAUAUACACUUCCCCUACUAUAAAUUCUUCUUGUGUCCUCGCCGGCGAGAUCUGGACACAGAUACAUACACGCACGUGCAAAUUCAGGUACAGAGAGGGCUAAAAGGUUGCACAGAUGGAGUCAGCCGGACGGUUUUUCUUCGAUCCCUCAGCUUGCCAAGGCAACAUGUUGGUCCUAGGGAAAAGAGAUCCCGUUUUCCGAGGGCCAAGAUCAAUGAUGAACAUGGAGGAAAGCUCGAAGAGGGGGCUCUUUUUCAGCUCACCGGAGGACUUUUUCGAAGAGGAAUACUACGAUGAGCAGUCACCGGAGAAGAAACGCCGCCUCACUGCUGAGCAGGUGCAUCUGCUGGAGAAUAGCUUUGAGUUGGAGAACAAACUGGAGCCCGAGCGAAAGAGCCAACUGGCUAAGGAUCUGGGUUUGCAGCCAAGACAGGUGGCUGUGUGGUUCCAGAAUCGUAGGGCUCGGUGGAAGACUAAGCAGCUUGAGAGGGACUAUGAUCUCCUCAAGUCUUCUUAUGACACACUACGGUCUAAUUAUGACUCCCUUGUCAAGGAAAAUGAAAAUCUCAAGUCUGAGGUGGCCUCUUUGACCGAGAAACUUGAAGCCAAAGAAGCAACCAUUACAUCAUCGCUAGGUCAGGAGUCUGACUCACAUCCGGUAGGUAUAGCUAAUGCUUCUGCCCUCCAAGUCAGUGUGAAGGUUGAGGACCGCCUGAGCUCCGGCAGCAAUGGGAGUGCGGUGGUGGAUGAGGAAGGUCCCCACCUUGUGGAUAGUGGAGAUUCAUACUUCCCUAAUGACAACUACGUUGGAUGUGUGGCUCCUCUUGAUGGGUUCCACUCAGAGGACGAUGAUGGGAGCGAUGAUGGCCGGAGCUACUUCUCUGAUGUUUUUGCUGCAGCAGCGGAGCCUCAACAACAUGAGGAGGGAGAGCCUUUAGGCUGGUGGGUGUGGUCUUAAGCAAGCAGCUCCUGGACUUGUUACUGUAAUGUUAAUAAUAACUCGGUGUUAUUUCUUGUUGCAAUAGUAUUUGGUUACUACUUACUAGUUAUAACCAAAGAGAGAAAAGAAAAGAGUAAUGUGGUCGGCUGUUGGUGAUGGGCUUAUCCUGAAAGGAUCUGGUGCCCAUAUAUGUUAAUUAAGUGAAUAAAAUAGACUGUUUUUGGUCAAUGGCGUUAGGGUUGGCAUGUAUUGAACUGGCUGUAGCUUGUAGGGUCCAGGAACCCCCACCACUGGGACUGAUUGUCUGAUUCUCUCAUGUAUUGUCUGCACAACCUUUCCCAGUGUAUGCCUUUUGUUAAAUGAAUUUGUAUGAUAAUAAAACAAAUGGUGAAAACCAA